AUGGCACGUCAUACCCCAGCCGGCCCCGGUCGGAGUAGGGCAUCGCGUGGCCGUGGCUCUUCUCGAAAGCGUGACAGAGAUGAUGAUGAAGAGCUCCCCGAUGUCUACCAGGAGAUGCUGCAGGAGGCGGAAACGCGAGAUCCUGCCCAGUUUUCUUCGGAUAGGCCGAUCAAAAGACGUAAGGCUGGAGACAUAAAUGCCAUCCCUGUUGAGCAAGAACAUAUCCGGGCAGAAGACGAUGAUCAACCAAUUCAGACCAUCUAUGACUCUUCUACAGCGGAUGAAUCAGAUGUUGAAUGGGAAGAUGUUGACAUCACACAACAUACGGACAGCUUGCCGAGUACAGUCUCAGCAGCUCAUGGCGGCGAGGAUACACUCCAAAUUACUUUCGAUCAAGGCUCUCAUAAGCCAAAGAAGACCAUCCAGCGGCGAAAGCCAGUCUCUGGAGCCGAAAGGAAAAUUCGAUUGGAUAUUCACAAAGUUCAUAUUCUUUGCCUGCUAGGCCAUGUCCAUUUGCGCAAUCUCUGGUGCAACGACCGGGAAUUACAGGGAUUUCUUUCCAAAAUGCUUCCCAGGAAUGUGAAGAUUUUGUUACACCCAAGCGAAGACAAAGCGCAGUACCUCAGGUCUACUACAUUCAUGGAUGGACUGAAUCAAGCUGGCGAUAUCUUUAGUCGAAGGUUUGGAGUCACAAAGCCGGGUUUGAAGCGUGCCCACUGGGCCGAGAGUCAAGAUCAGUUGAAGCAGAAAUUGGAAUCAAUCAUGUCCGACGCUGAGGUUUUUCUGUCAAAAGCAGACUACGUAAGUCAGGCCAAGACAUUACAGGGCUCUCGAGAUUUCGGGGCUCAGUUGUUCUGUGCCCUACUACGAUCUGCAGGCGUUGAGGCGAGACUUGUUUGCUCCCUCCAACCCCUGCCGUUCUCCGGCACUGUCAAGGAUAUGACCCCUGUCAAGACAGAUCGAAAGUACAUCGUGAUAUCUUCCGACGACCAUGAAACGUCUACGGAUGAGCAUAAUCACUCGAGCAAUUCUCCCACUCCUUCUCGAGCUCGCCGAAUAGGCCAGCCCCAGUUCACUCCGUCACGACCAUUUCAGUCAUCUUCCCGCUCCGGUCCUCGCCCGAAUCUUCGAGAGUCCUCCUACCCUGUGUUCUGGGUGGAAGCAUUUAAUGAAGCCGUGCAAAAGUGGUUUCCGAUCGAUCCUAUAGUAACCAAGUCACUCGCAAAGGCUGUCAAAUUCGAACCUCCCGCCAGUGAUCCGUAUAACUUUAUGAGCUACGUGGUUGCCUUUGAUGACGAUGCUUCUGUUGUAGAUGUCACUCAACGAUACACCAAGGCUUACAAUGCGAAAACCCGCAAACUUCGGGUUGAAUCUACCCGGCACGGAGACAGAUGGUGGCAGAAAGCGCUGAAUGCCUACGAGAAGCCGUUUUUGCUGGAUCGAGAUGAAGCCGAAAUCAGUGAACUCACAUCCAAAUCAGCUGCCGAACCUAUGCCACGCAAUAUUCAAGAUUUCAAAGAUCACCCAAUCUAUGCGCUUGAAAGACAUCUUCGUCGCAACGAAGUCAUUCACCCAAAACGCGUUAUUGGACAUGUCGGCCUAAGCAAGCCAACGUCGAACAGUGACCAUUUGGAUACAGUGUAUCGCCGAUCUGACGUUCAUAUCGUGCGCAGUGCUGAUAAGUGGUAUCGCCUCGGACGGGAUAUCAGAGUGGGCGAGCAACCUCUCAAGCGUGUUCCUGCCAGUCGAAGCAAGGUAGGGAUUCUCAGUGAUGAGGAUGAUACCGAGCCCGAAGAGACGGCAUUGUACGCCGGAUUCCAGACUGAGAUAUACAAACCGCCGCCAGUUGUCCAAGGAAAGAUCCCCAAGAAUGCCUACGGAAACCUCGACAUUUAUGUUCCAAGUAUGGUUCCGCCUGGUGCAGUCCAUAUCAGGCGACCGGAGGCCGCCCGAGCAGCCCGGAUUCUUGGAGUCGACUAUGCAGAUGCGGUGACGGGGUUUGAUUUCAGAGGACGUCGUGGGACAGCUGUUCUGCAAGGUGUUAUCAUUGCGACUGAGUACCAGGAGGCUUUGAACGAGGUUCUGAGAAGCAUUGAAGAUGAACGACUGCAUGCUGCGUUCGAAGCCAGAUCCGCAGAAUCACUUCGUCUCUGGCGAUUAUUCCUAGCAAAACUUCGAAUUGCGGAACGCGUAAAAGCCUAUGCAGGUGAUGAUGAUGCACGGUCAGACAUGAGUAUUGAUGUUGAAGCAGACGAAGCGGGUGGGGGAUUUAUCCCCGAACCUGGUCAGCAGCUCGACAGUCGGCCCUUGGUGCUCUUGGGAGGAAAGAAUCUGGCCCAGCGUGCCGUUUCGCCCAUUCCCGAGACCGAAAACGGUCCGGCUUUCGCUUCGAGCAAGAACUAUGAGUUUCCAGGAGGAUCCAUCCCUGGUGGGCCAGUUGACCAAGACUCGACUACGGCAUCUGCUACGCCAACGACAAGCCUCCCUGCUGGUCUCCAACGGAACUGGGGAACACGACGCCCUCCCAUACCGCGCUAUCAAUUGGUCGUUGUUCCAAAUGAUAGUGUCAACGACAGUGGCAAUUCGAGGCCCGGCAUAAUAUUCGGCAAUUUGCCCACAACCCCAGCAGCAGCCGAGCCUAGAUACCCUGAAGGGUCGUCUGAAAAGGCUCCCAUCACAGUGGAUUCAUCAAACGAAGGCUCAAAGUCUGCCAGCGUUGAACUUGUGUCCAAGCCAGCUUCUCCAGUGCCGCAACGUCAAUCUCCCGUGCCAAUGGACCAGGAUUCCGACAGUGAGAUCGAGAAGGGAUCGUUGAUGUCAGAGGAUCCCGAGGAUGAAGAUGCCAUUCCCGAGUGGCUUGUGUAA